AUGGAGAAGAAGAAACAGUUGAUAGGAAUAUGGGAUGUGAAGCAUAUGUUUGAAAGCAGUGUCAUCAUGUUCUUCAUAAUUGCCACAAUAAUAGCCUUUUGUUAUACCAUGUAUGAAGAAGACAAGAGUAGUCCUCCCCCACCCCCACUAGUUGUUAACACUACCGCUGCUUAUGUUAAUUAUGAUUCAUUGGAUGGGUGUGAUUUGUUCUCUGGCAAAUGGGUCCAUGACAACCACUCUUAUCCUCUCUACAAAGAACUCGAAUGUCCCUAUAUUACUGGUGAGUUUGCUUGUCAACAACAUGGAAGAAUGGAUUCAAACUAUCAACAAUGGAGAUGGCAACCCCAUGCAUGUAACCUUUCAAGGUUUGACGGAAAAGAAGUUUUGGAGAAGUUGAAGGGUAAAAGGGUAAUUUUCGUAGGGGAUUCGGUGAAUAGGAACCAAUGGUUGUCAAUGGUUUGUAUGCUUCAAUCAGUCAUCCCUCUUGGAAAGAAGAGAAUGCAGAAAGUCCGUAAUGUCUCCUUGCUCACCUUCAAGGCACUUGAGUACAAUGUUUCAGUUGAUUUUUAUUGGGCUCCAUUGUUGGUGGAAUCUAAUGCUGACCAUCCAUCAAUGCAUAAAACAAAUGAUCGUAUAGUUCGAAUUGAAUCCAUAGAGAAACAUGCUAAACAUUGGGUUAAUGCAGAUGUACUAGUCUUUAACUCGUACCUCUGGUGGAGAAUGCCUGAAUUGAAAAUAUUGAAUGGAUCAUUUGAAGAACCCAAACAAUACAACAUAGUUGAUAACCACCAAGGUUACAAUAUGGUUCUAGAAAUAUGGUCAAAUUGGUUGUAUACUCAUAUCAAUCAUACCAGGACCCAAUCAUAUUUCAUGAGUAUGACUGCAACUCAUCACAGGGGCAAAGAAUGGGGUAUGAAAGGAGGGCAGAAUUAUUCAACUAUUCCUACUUCAGAUAAAACAGAACUAAGUGCUAGAAAUCUAUCUGGACCUGCUGAAUUUGAAAGAAACAAAGUUUGGAGAGUGGUUCCAAAGUCUAAGGACAAAUCUGUUAUUGAAACAAAGUGGGUCUUCAUAAACAAGAAAUAUGUUGAUGGGAUAGUUGUCAGAAACAAAGCUAGACUAGUUGGAAAGAGUUAUUGUCAACAAGAAUGGAUAGACUUUGAUGAUACUUUUGCAUCAGUUGCUAGGGUUGAAGCCAUUACGAUAUGUUUGGCUUAUGCAGCACACACAAAAUUUAAAGUAUUUCAAAUGGAUGUGAAAUCUGCAUUCUUGAAUGGUGUGCUAUAUGAAGAAGUGUCCAUCAUCAGCCUGAAGGAUUUGAAGAUCCUAAGCAUCGAGAUUAUGUAUAUGUUUUGGGCAAAGGUUUGUAUGGACUAA